GAAGAUGAAGAAAGUAGCAUUAUCUCAGUCCCCUGGUCUCCCUUUUUCGUACUAUUAAUUAUAAAAUGUUACAUUUUGUAACCACAGUUUUUUUACUAUCUUUUUUCAUUCUUUCCUUCCUUUUUUUCUUUUCUUCCCUCCCAAUCACUUUCAUUUCAAACGAUGCGUAUAAUAUUUCUUUCAGUCUUAGUUUUACUAUGUGUGCAAGGAAGUGUGGCUUUUUGGUGUGAGCUCUUAAACAAUUGUCCAGUAUCCACUACUCCACCGCCACCGCCAGCGGCUUCUGCAACUCCAAUAGUGCCCCAAAACUCAACAUCUAUUCCCGCCCCCACCGUAAUAACUCCACCUACCAGUAUAGCACCUUCCUCAACUCCCCCCGUUGCUUCUAGUACUACUGUGUCUAGCAUAAAACCAUCAUCGAUCAGCUCAGCUGCUCCCUCAUCCGUUCCUACUAGCAUGCCUAGUUCAACUUUUACUCCUACAACAACUUCCGAAACUUCUACUAUGACCUCUGCUACUCCUUCAGCUACACCCACAAAUAAACCAGAGGAAAGUAGCGGUAGCAAUAUUGGUGUUAUUGUUGGAUCUGUGUGUGGUUUUAUUGCAAUUAUUGGUGCAGGAUUUGCAUAUGCAUUCUUUUCCAAGACAAGAAGAAACAACCGAGAUAAGCGACUUUACAGUCAGUCAGACGAUAAUAAUUAUGGUAAUGGCGGUCCUCAAGAUCUUUACAGUCGUCCUUCUCCAGCCUUAGCAGCUUCAGCAGCAGCAGCUGCCAAUAAUAUUCAUGGUCAUAAUCAAUAUGAUAAUAACACAUCUUAUAAUUAUGCUCCUCAAACACCCAUGGUUGCAGUAGCUAAACACGACCCUUACUAUUCUACAGCACCUGUGUCUCAGAUGGGUUAUCCUACCUCCGACCCUUAUUAUAAUAACAAUCAACAACAGUAUUAUGAUCCUAAUGCAGUUUAUUACGAUCCACAACAGCAGCAUUAUGAUCCACACUAUGUUGAUUCACAAAAGCAUCAAUAUGAGCCAUAUGCUCAACAUCAAUCACCAGUUUUGGCUAACAAUAAUGUUAGCACUCCUAUUACCACAAGUUCCAAUGUAUAUUCGGUACCACAUAGCUAUUCUAAUGAGCCAAAUAACAAUGUAAAUCACAGGUAGAAUUCCACUUUUUUGUUUAGUAUCCUUCACCCCCCCCCUUUUUUUUUUACAAAUUACUUACCUACUAUAACUACAUCCCCCUCCCUUUUAUUACUUAUUCUUUCACCAUCUAUUCUAACCAAAAAAUUCUCGUAUUACACACUUCCUACCCACACUCUAACUCUCUAUACACCUUGUUACACAUUCGCACACCAAUAAAAUGCAACUAUAAAUACUACAGCGUACAAAAU